AUGGAUAUGGAGCAGAUGCUGGCUGUCAUAGAGCAGGCGUGCGAGGAGUUUAAGCACCCCGCGACGCAGCCGCGCGCGGAGCAGGUGCUGCUGCAGUUCCGCCGCAGCGCGGCACCCGCCGCCGCGUGCCGCUUCAUCCUCGAGCGCUCGGCGUCCGUCGAGGCGCGGUUCCAUGCCGCCUGCACGCUGCGGGAGGCCGCGGUCCGCGAGUGGGCGUCGACGGCGCCUGCCGACAGGGCGGCGCAGCGGUCCUACGCGCUCGCAUACGCCAGCCACCAUGCGGCGGAGCCGGGGCUGGCCGUCGUGCGCGCGGCGCUCGUGGGCGCGGCCGCGCUCAUGCUCAAGCGCGGCUGGGGGGAGAUGGCGCCCGAGGAGCGCGCGGCGUUCUUCCAGGAGGUCCACGCCUCCGCGCAGCCGGCCGACGGCCCCGGCGCGGCCGCGCGCCUGCGCACGUCGCUGGAAGUUUUGGAGGCGGUGGUGGGCGAGUUUGGGCUGUCAACGGCGACAGCGCUGGGGCUGAGCUGGGAUUACCACGAGCGGUGCAGGGCGGAGCUGGAGGCGAGUGCGGCGGGCGCGGGCGGGCUGGCGUGCUGUCGCGCGGCGUGGCCUGGAGACAUCGGCUUGCCAUUGGGUUGUGAUGGGGCGCGGCGCGCGCGGCGGCCGAUGGAUUUGGCACAGCUGUCGCGAAGUUGGGCCCAGUUCCUGCAGCAGUUCUUCCUCCACGCCCUGGCAGUCGCCCGCUCCACCGCGGCGAGCGGCGCCGCCCUCAGCGGCGAGGACGCCGGCGCCUGCCGCGCCGCCAUGGCUCUCAUGGCAUCGGUGUUGAAUUGGGGGUUCAGGGCCGGCGGCGGCGGCGGCGGCGGCGCCGCGGCGCCCUUCGGAGCGCCGCCCCGCAACGGCGGCGGCGCGGAGGCCGCCGCCGCGCUGCGGCCGGGGCAGGCCUGGGCGGAGCUGCUGCUGGAUGAGUCAUCCACGGACUGGCUGCUGGCGCUGCUGCAGACGCUGCGCGGCGGCGGCAGCGGCGGCGGGGCAGGCCAAUUGGCAGAACCCGCGCGGCAGCUGGUCGUGUCUUUCUGCAGCUUAGUGGGCGACGUCUUCCCGCGGCCCGCGCCCGGCGAGGCCGCGGCGGCGGCGACGGUCGGCCACUGCGCGCGGAUGCUGCGGGCGGCGCUGCCGUGGGUGACGCCGGCGGGCGCGGCGGUGCGGGCGGCGCUGGCGGGUGACGAGGGCGAGGUGGUGGACGCGGCGCUGUCGUCGCUGGCAGCCAAUCACAAGCCCGCCGCCCUCGCCGCCGCCGCCGACGCCCUCGCGGCCGGCGGCGGCGGCCCGCACGCCUUCCAGGCCCUGGAGGAGCUGACGCGCCCCUGCCUGGAAGCAGGGGGCGCGGCGGGCGCGGACGCGGCGGAGCCCUGGGUCGCCGACUGUACCGACAUGCUGUUGGGCGCGUGGUCAGCGAUCCUGUCCCCCCAGUGCAGCUACGCGGCCGCGCCCACCGGGCCGCCGGCCGGCGCGGCGGGGUGCGCGGCGCGCGUGUUUGCGGCGCUGGUGGAGGGCGCGCUCGCGGACGCGGCGGCGGGGGCGCACGAGGAUGCGACCGAGGAGGAGGACGUCGGCGCCGGCGCCGCCGCGCGCGACGAGUGGCUCUCCCGCGCCGCCGCCCUCGCGCGCGCCGCGCCGGCCGAGUCCCUCGGCCUGCUGGCCGACCGGAUCGCGGACAACCAGCGCGCGCUCGCCGCGGCCGCCGCGGCGGGCGCUGACGUCAGCGAGCACCUCGAGGCGCUCUGCUGGCUCGCGCGCGCGUCGGCGCACGCGCUCGCCGACAGCGGCGCCGGCGAGACGCCGCUGCCGCCCGAGGCGCUGCUGCUCGCGCUCGCCGCGCCGGGCGCGGCCGGCGCGGCGGCCGGCGCGGCAGCGGAGCGGCUGUCGUGCGCGCUGCUCGAGCUCUGCGGCCUGUGCCUCAGCCCAGGCGCGACCGCGGCCGGCGCGUGCAGCCCGCGGCUUAUGGAGACGGCCCUCUGGGCCGCGGCGCGCUGGGCGGACACCUACUUGCUGCCCGAGGAGGAGCCGCUGCCAGAGCCCCUUGAGGCGCGCUUCGGCGCCGCGGGCGGCGGCGGGCGGGCCGCGGUCGAGCUGCUCGCCAGCAGCGCGAACCGCUGCCUGACGGGGUACCCCGGGGAGGCCGAGCUGCAGGGCGUCGUCACCGGCGCGCUGCUGCCGGCGCUGGUGCGGCGCCGCGCGGUGUGCGCGGCGCUGCUCGGCUGCGAGCCGUGGCGGCAGCUGGGCGGCGCGUUCGCGGCGCGGGAGGCGGUGCUCGCGCGCACGCUGCCGCAGAAGCAGCAGCGCGCGCUCGCGCGCAGCCUGUGCGCCGCCGCGGCUGGGUUCGAAGCCGGCGACAGCACCGCCAACGGCGGCGGCGGCGACGGCGGCGCGCAGCAGCAGCAGGCGAGGGACCACCAGCGGCAGCAGGCGGCGUGCUACGUGCACGGGCUUAUGGAGCCCGCCGCCAGGGAGCUGGGGGCGCUCGCGGCGCUCGUGCCGCCACAGCUCGCGGCGGCGGCGGAGAGGGCGGACGUACAGCUGCAGCUGUGCACACCACCUUGUAUAUGA